AGUUCAUGCAUGUAUCAUCGUUUGAAAAAAAGUUGCGGAGAUCACUACGGAUAUAAAGCUGGGAAAUGGAUACAGUGUCAUUGGUUUCGUUGUGGGGGCAACUGCAGGCAUAUCAUCUAUUUUUAAAGUAGUGGGGGACUGUGUGGUGGGUGUAUCGUUUCCUCGGAAAGCUUUCGAGCGAAAAAUGCAAGUUUUAAUGCCACCUAAAAUACUCUAAUCUUCACAUUUGUCAGAUUCAUUGGUGUUAUCAACGGGAGCGAUUAACAUUAACGCGGACCUGCGUUAUGCUCAUACUUUAAAAAAAGUGUUUCCUGUGUCUUCACUUGUUAUCCAAGUGAUCUUUUGUUGGUGUUGCUUUCCCUUAAUUAUAUGCAUGUAGGCUAAAUGAGUACCUGACGACAAGGGCCCACGUUUCAAGGCAGUGAAAUCUGAGAGCACAGCGGAAAAUGACUAAUGAAAAGCAACCUUUGGAAUUCCUCCUUGUGAAAUUCCGAUUCAGCUUUUUUCUUUUUCUGUUUUUUUCCCCCUGAUAUCGCAGCAAGAAAUGAUCAGUUGCACCACUGUUAAUGGCGUAAAGAUGCAGUGGACCCCGGAGCAUGCUCAGUGGGCGGAGCAGCACUUCGACAUCUCCUCCACCACGCGCUCGCCGGCGCACAAGGCCGAGGCCUACCGGGCCCACCUGCAGCCCAGCUACCAGUACGCCUGGGCCAACGACGACAUCUCCGCGCUCACCGCCUCCAACCUGCUCAAGAAGUACGCCGAGAAGUACUCGGGCCUCCUGGAGGGCCCCGGCGAGCGGGCGCUGCUGGGCUCCUACGCGGAGGCGGCCCCGGGCCUCCUCAACGGGAGGAAGUCGGAGGGGGACGCCUGGCAGGAGGGGAUGUACACCAUGGGCUGCGUCCCCGACGUCAUCCCGGGGGGCAAGAGCGGGCCGCCCCCCUCCGCCGCCGUCCCCCCCGCCGCCGCCGCCGACGGCAUGGGCGGCUCCCCGGGCGUGGCCCCCGCCCUGACGGAGCCCGGCUACCCCGGCGGCAACUGCAGGGGCCACGGGGGCCCCGGGCUCCACCCCGACCUCCCGUCUCAGGAAUACGGGCCGGGCUACAAUGGCUCCUACCUGCACUCCGGCUACGGCGGCCAGCCCGCCCCCGCCCUGCCCUCCCCCCACCCCUCGCCGCUGCACAGCGCCGGGCUCCUCCAGCCGCCCCCUCCCCCCACCCUGGUGCCCAGCUACAACGCCGGGUCCCCGAACCUCUCCGGCUACAGCUACCCCCCGGCGGGGUACCCUCCGCAGACCGCCAUCGCCCCCGCGUACAGCCCCGGCGGGGCGACCCCUUCCUCGGCCUACCUGCCGUCGGGGAUCGCGGCGCCCACGCCCCUGCCCCCCUCCACCCUCGCCGGCUACGCCUACCAGCCGCACAGCCUCGCGCCGAUGGCGCCGGCGCCUCUGAACGGCGGCUCGGCCAACCAUUCGCUGAAGAGGAAGGCUUUCUACAUGGCGGAGCAAGGGGAGAUGGAGCCCGGCUACGGCGGCUUCGGCUACGGCCAGCAGCGCUCCAGCCACAGCCCCAUGUACAGGAUGGCGGACGGCGGCGCCCCCAGCGCCGGCCGGGGGAACGGGUUCGACAGGGGCGCCGAGGCCUCGUCUCUAGCAUUCAAGCCCGCCAAGCAGCCGCCGCCGCCGCCCUCCGACCAGCAGAGGAAGUUCGGCGGCCGUCUCUCCCCGCCGUCCUUCGGCCCCGCCGCCAAAGGGCCCCCCGGCGGCUCCAAGUCGGGCGAGGCGUUUGGGGACGACCGCGGGCGGCGGCAGCAGCAGCAGCAGCGCCUCUCGCACUCCGCGCCCGGGCCGACCGUCGGCGCGGCCGCCUCGCCCGCCCACCCCGCGGAGGAGCAGCUGAAGGGCGGCGACCCGCGCCUCCUGGAGGUGGUCACCGCCGAGGUGGUCCAGCAGUGCCUCCCGGUGGACUGGGGCGACGUGGCGGGCCUGGAGCCGGCCAAGGCCGCGCUGAAGGAGGAGGUCCUCUGGCCCAUGAUGCGGCCCGACGUGUUCGGCGGCCUGCCGGCCCCGCCCCGGACCGUCCUCCUGUUCGGGCCCCGGGGGACGGGCCGGACGCUGCUGGCCCGCUGCGUGGCCAGCCAGCUGGGCGCCGCCUUCCUCCGGCUGAGCGGCUCCGCCCUGGCCUCCAAGUGGCUGGGGGACGGGGAGAAGCUGGUGCGCGCCUCCUUCCUGGUGGCGCGGUGCCGGCAGCCGGCGGUGGUGCUGGUCAGCGAGGCGGACGCGCUGCUCGCGGCCAGGCCCGGCGAGGACGGCGCUGUGGGCAGGGUCCGCGGCGAGCUGCUGGCCCAGCUGGACGCCGUCCUGGCCUCGGCCGAGGACCACGUGCUGGUGCUCUGCUCCACCAGCAGGCCGGAGGAGAUGGACGAGUCCCUCCGGAGGUACUUCGCCAAGCGGCUCCUCGUCCCCCUGCCGGACGCCGCGGCCCGGCACCAGAUAGUCAGCCAGCUCCUGUCGCAGCACAGCUACUGCCUCAGCGACAAGGAGGUGUCGCUGCUGGUCCGGAGGACGGAGGGCUUCUCGGGGCUGGACGUGGCGCGGCUGUGUCAGGAGGCGGUGGUGGGGCCCCUCCACGCCCUGCCGGGGGGGGCGGACCUUUCCGCCCUCCUGCCCGGCCAGCUGCGGCCGGUCACCUACCAGGACUUCGAGAACGUUCUCUGCAAAAUGCAGCCCGGCGCAUCGCAGAAGGAGCUCGACGCUUACACCGAGUGGAACAAAAUGUACGGCAGCGGCCAGUGAGA